GCGCAGCGGGCGACUGUGAGUGUGAUUCCCAAAACAGCGGGCGGGUCUUCUGUGAGUCGAGCCUCGUCUGUUAGCAACAAUCGCCUGAAAUUCUCCACAUUGCGCUUACAAAUCGAACACGAGAUCGUCUGGGAAUUUGAACCCCGCGAGAAAAUAAGGUAUGGCGGCUAUCAGGAAAAAGCUGGUGAUCGUGGGAGAUGGAGCAUGUGGGAAGACCUGUCUCCUUAUAGUGUUCAGCAAAGACCAGUUUCCAGAAGUCUACGUGCCUACUGUGUUCGAGAACUACAUCGCAGACAUCGAAGUUGACAGCAAACAGGUGGAGCUGGCAUUGUGGGACACAGCAGGACAGGAAGACUACGAUCGUCUGAGGCCCCUGUCUUACCCAGACACCGAUGUCAUCCUCAUGUGUUUCUCCAUUGACAGUCCCGACAGUUUAGAAAACAUUCCAGAAAAGUGGACACCGGAGGUGAAGCACUUCUGCCCCAACGUUCCCAUAAUCCUUGUGGGCAAUAAGAAGGAUCUGCGAAACGAUGAACACACACGGAGAGAGCUGAUCAAGAUGAAGCAGGAGCCAGUUAAACCAGAGGAGGGCAGGGACAUGGCCAACCGCAUUAGUGCCUUUGGCUACCUGGAAUGCUCAGCUAAAACUAAGGAUGGCGUGAGGGAAGUAUUCGAAAUGGCCACCAGGGCGGCACUCCAAGUCCGCAAAAGGAAGAAGAGGAGCGGGUGCUUGCUGUUGUGAGAGAACUUUCCAGUCUUUUCCAGAAUGAUCUCAAUAAUGA